UGUUGUUAUUAUGCUGCAUAUGUGAAACAUUAAAGGUGGAAGCGUCCACUGAACAUUGUCAAAUCAAGCUGGCUGUCACCUCUUAUUAGAAGAAACAUUUAGGCUAAUUUAUCUCUUUGGUUUGGUUUCACUCAUUAGAUUUUAUUUAUCUCUCAUUUUAUCUGCAUACAGAUCAGCAAACCCUUUUUAAAUGACCAUGUUUCAGAUGCUACGGUGAAGCUGCUUUGCUUUAAAACCUCAUCUGUUCAUGUAAAAGGAAACGCACAUAGGAUGGCUUGCAGCCUGAGUUUUAGCUUUCAAAACAGAGAAAAUGAGUUGUGAAAUGUAGACAUUUCACCCAAGACAUGUUUAUUUCCUGAGCUGUCUCUACUCGACACACACCAGCGCGUCCUCUCUGCAGGGUUAGUUAUAAUCCGAAGGAAGGAGAAAUUAAGAAAAAAUGCUUUUGAAAGUCAAACGUUGACGGAAGAGGUAGCGGUUUACAGAUUACGGGCAAUUAUGUAUAUAUUUGGUUAAAUUUCUACUGUCAUUUGAGCAAAAUGAGAGCUGUGACGCGACAAGUGUUCAAGGCCGUUUUUUCAACCAUUAACAGUGUGUUCAAACAUUUCUUUCGCUCACUUAUUUUGCAUCAGAAAAUGUUUUACAAUGAGCCUUUAAGGUGAAAAAUAUUGAAAUAGUUUUCUUCAACUUGGAACUGUUUCAAAAUACAUCUUAGAUGUGUUUCAUCAUAGGAGAGAUGUCCUAUGAAUGUAUGCAAACACGUGUUGGCACCCCUAAUAUAUGUAAAAAAAAAAACUAAAAAUGUUUUUAACAAAGCCGCCAUUGGCACAACUAUUGGUACACCCAACAAUUAGUCACACAAAUACAUUAAAAACAAAUUUUUAACGUACACUUUAUUUUUAAAAUUGUUCAGGUUUUCCAUAUUAUCCAGAGUUAAACCCAAAAUAAUUUAACUUUAAAAUAAUUUUUUAGUUUGAUCAAUAUGUGACUUCUGACUGGAAGUAAUAUUUGGUUUUAAUUUAGCAAGUAAUUUUUAAUUUGGUUUUGGAGUGACUGACUUGACUCUGAUAGAGAAUCUGUGGAGGGAGUUAAAGAUUAGCGUGAUAGAAACCCCAAACCUUGGAGCUCAUUUCCAAAGACAAAUAAUCAAAGUGCCAGCAAAAACAAAGGAAAACAUUGAAGAAAAAAAAAGAAACACCACUGGAAACAUGCAACAAACAAUAGAGUAAAGAUUUUUACAUUGAUCAUAAAGAAUAAUUUAAUCUUUCAACAUAUUAUUUUUCAUGAACAUUGUUUUCUCUUCAAAACCAAUACUCUUAUUAGUACGCUGUUUUAUUUGCCCUAUUUACAAAAGGACGCUGUACAAAGUAAAGAUUGUCGUGAUACCAUGGCGACAUGUGUCACCAGUGAUUUUCUUGAAAAAACAAAUCAAAAAACUUAUUUGUUGUCAAGGUAGUAUAUCUACAUUGAUUAGAUGUUCUCAACUUAUGGAUUAUUCUUAUUGUUACGUUUACCACAGUCCUCCUAUCAGGCACAUAAUGAGACUCUCAUUGAGAGCCAAUUAAAAUUCAGUUCAAACUGUAAUACAAUCAAAGGUAGUUGAUAAAGCUAUCCAUCUACAGAAGCCCAGCUGAUUGAACUGAGUCCCUGAUGUAGCAGUAUUUGUGUUUUGGUAUUUGUCUCAUGGUGCUCACCAAGGGGGAUAUAAAAAGGAAUUGCCCCAGGCACCCAUCUGUCCACUCCUUCAAUAACUAAACUGGUGUGUGAGUAGGAUUUAUCACUAACACCAGGGAGUCGUAUCUGCAAACUGAAUGAGUAGACUACAUGGACAUGUGUCUUUCCAGGUUGUAUAAUGAGUCCUGCGAGGAACAGCUCCCAUCACAAAGAGGACCUGAACUGUGCUGCACCCUGGACAACAUACCCCUCAUCAGUAAAUGUGGAACUCUGCCACCUGAAAGCUGUUUCUUCAGCCUCAUAUGCAGCACAGGAGCGUUCAUGGUGAUGCUAGUCACUCUGUUGCGUUACGCUCACGUGAUUGAGAAACACCAGAACUGUGUUCUGAACAUGGCCAGCCUUUCCACCGGGUGGAUCUGUGCUGCUGGUCUCGCCAUUGUGGGAAACUUCCAGGUGGAUUUUGCCAAAGUCCUUCAUUACGUAGGUGCUGGAGUGGCGUUCCCAUCCAGCAUGCUGUUUGUGAGCUUUCAAGUGGCUCUAACUUACAGAUUGGCCAAAACCCAGGAGGAGUAUUGGAUAGGUCACAUACGAGCAGGGAUGGCUCUGCUUGCACUGAUCGCCCUGGUGCUCAGUGGAGUUUUUUUCUGCCAGGAGAGCUACUCCCUGCAGCAUACCUCCGCCAUCUUUGAGUGGAUUUACUGCAUGGUCAUCAUGUUCUUCUAUGGGACGUUUGCCUUUGAGUUUGGAGGGGUGUCAGUCGACACCCUGAUUGUUCUCUCCAAAGGAGGGGGACUUCCCAGCUUCUCCCUCACUGCUCACAAGCCGGAGAUUAGCAGUGGGCCCGGCCACCACCAGGCAGAGAACCUGUCAAUCCUUUAAUGGAACGUCACUGGAGGUCACUGUGUAAAACAUGGAGGGGGACCCUAAUUGCUAUGCUCAUGUUGCACAUUCAGUAGCCUCAGCACCAAAGACACUCAUAGACUUGUAGUCUGCUACGCUGCGAAACAUUGCACAAUAUCACAAGUGGCCUCGUGAAGACAGAGGCCAGUUACGAUCUAUACGUGUGGAGACAGUUCUCGCUGUUUGUUUUAUUUUGUCCUUAUGUAAUGAUCACCCUCUGAAUCCUCAGCUGGAGCUGCCUUUCAUCUGAACAAAUAUCUACAAAAAGUGCCUCAGAUGUCUCUCAGAGUUGAAAUGUUCAGACACAGAGCCUGGCUAUUGUUUUCUGCCAGGAAGUUCUGUUACAUCAACACUUCACACCCUUUCUGUCGGCGCUAAGGUGAGGUUUUCCAAAAGCUUCAGACAAUGGGUGGACGUAACUGGGUGCCAAGAAUAAUUUUCUUUCAUCUGAAGUGGAUUUUCCAUCCAAAUCAUCUGAUAUGAGUAUUUCUCUUUACUCUGAACAGCGCAUGUGAUUUUUCUCAGAUUAUAAUAUGCAAACUAAUGCAAUAUAAUGUUGAGGUAGACGCCUCGUUUUUGCAUAUAAGCUCAGCUCUGUUGUAUAUUUGAUCUCAUCAGCUGUUGUUUUGAGAAAUAAAAUUCUGUAGAGAGCAUACAGACUAGAAAAUAAAGCCAAAUGAAAAAUGG